AUGAACCAGCUUCGGCGGCUCGCGAGCUACGUCGUGGACAGCAGCCAGCACCUCAAGCCGGCGUCCAAGCACAUGGAGCCGAGCUACAAGCACCUCGACCUGACGUACGUGACCCCGCGCGUCCUCGUGGGCGGGCGGCCGGUCGACGGGCCGACCGACAAGAAGGCGUGCGUCAACAACGCAGUCGAGCUCAAGCUCUACCUCGAGGACGAGCAUGCGAACCGAUACUUGAUCUUCAAUCUCUGCGACGACGAGGCGCCGGUGAUUUCGCCGCAGACGCUUGAGUUCUCUUGGGAGCGCGACGGCGGCCUGCGGACUUACACGCCGCCGUCGGACCACAUCUUUCGCAUCUGCUACGCCAUCUUUGCGUGGCUCGCGCUCGAUCCCGAGAACGUCGCCGUCAUCUACUGCCACAACGGCAAGACGCGCAGCGGCGUCGUCGUCGCCUGCUACUUUCUUUUCUCGCGGCUCGUCGACGACCCGAUGACAGCUCUCGCCCAGUUUUACCAAAAGCGUCUUGGCAUUGAGACGCUCACGCCCGACUACGUGCGCCGCAGCAUGCCCGUGUCCAUCCAGCGCUUUGUCACCAACUUUGGCGGGAUCAUGGAGCACCAAGCGAUUCCGAAUCCGGACCCGCUCUUGCUCAAGGCCAUCAUGUUUCGCGCGUUGCCCGUCGAGCUCCAGCCGCUCAUCCAGAUCUGGGACGACUGGCACCUCAUCUUCUCCAACGCCAAGGACGCCGUGAGCGACCACAUGCCGCCGGUCGUCGACUGGAACCCCGAAGACGGCUUCCUCGCCAUCUUGUGGGACGGCGGCAUCCCGCUCGACGGCGGGUUCUCGAUCUUGUGCUCGUUUGGCGACGACGGCGACGCCGAGAUGGACGCGACAUCCCGCGUUCUCUUUCGGUACAUGGACUCGACGUGGUUCCUCUCGCCGGGCCUCGUCACGCUCAAGAAGGCCAACCUCGACAUGAUGAAGCAGUACGAGCACGGCUUUGAGGACGAGAAUUUCUCGGUCGACAUGGUCUUCCACAACAGCAACGUACCGCCGCGGCUCAUCGUGCCCGUCGACUACACCGGCAACUACGCGGUCAAGCAAGGCAUUGUCGAGAUCGCAGCCAAGCACGCGAUCGCGCCCGAUCCGUCCAUGUACCUCAACUUUGUCAAGACCGGCUUUGACGCGACCGCGUCAACCUACGCACUCCAGCGCGCGCAGAACGCGCCGAACUUGGCCCUCGAUAUUUUGCACUCGGAGGCGCUGACGACCAUCUUUACACGGCUGCCGCCGAGCCCAACGUCGCGCGACGAGAGCCUCAGUCAACCGGUGCACGAAGACAGCAUCAAACCCUCGGCGCUCUUUGCCACAGCAUCGUCGACGCCCCGCAAAGCGUCGGAAGCGCAUCGCAUACCAUCCUCGAACGGCGACUCGUCGGUGUGUGUGCUCUGCCACGAAGAAGAUUAUGUGCUCCGACCCCAGUUGGUGCGCUGCUGCGGGUGUCAGAAAUGCUAUCACACGGGCUGCGCAGGCUUGAAAAAGGUGCCAUUUGGCCUCACGACAUUGAGCGACCGGACUAACCAUGCGGCCUACAUGAAGAAAUAUUUCCUUGGCUGGCGCUGCACAAACUGUGCGGCCGCGUCAAUGUCACCGUCACUGACGUCAUCGUCCUCGACGGGAUUUGUCACCGAGCCAAAGAGCCCAAACCACGACAAGUACGAACAACUCAAAGAACUUCUCUCGGCCAAAGGCAUCUCGAUGGACGACCUCUUGCGCGCGGCCGACGCCAACCUCGUCAAACCAACCACAGACGACGACAAGUCGACCAAUGACGCGGUGGACGUCACGGACAAGUACAAGCGCAUGGUCGACAUGGGUGUACCCCUCGCCGCUGCACAGAACGGCAUGGUGCGCGACGGACUCGACCCGGCGCUGCUCCGCGGGUACGCGGCGCCGCCGGUCAUCGCACCCACCGCCGUAGUGGCCGAGCCCGUGCUCAUGCUGCGCGAUGCGAUCCAGUUUGAAGGCUACUUCACGAUGCUAUCGAAAGGCAUCUCGAAAGACGCGGUCAAGCACAAGAUGCGCAUGUGCGGCUUGAACCCCAAGAUCCUCGACCUCGACCCCAAGGCCUCGUACCUCGCCGUCAAGGGUCAAAUCGAAGCGCUUCAAGCCGAAGUUAUUUAUCCGAGCGGGUCACCGCCCAAACCGUCGGCAGCCAAGUCCCCGCCAAAGUCGGCCCCCGCGACGUUCAUUGUCCCCGACAAGGCGAUUGCACCGACCGAGCCAUCGACAACUGCAGCGGCAUCGACGACGACAACGACCAUGGUAUCGCCGGCCGCGACAGUGGACGCACCGACUGCGGUGGUCGCACCACCGGCACCGUCGAAAGAGACUGCGGAUGCUCCGAAACCUGCGGCGGCGGCGUCCGAGCCACCGACGGCAAGCGAUGUCCCCCCGCGAUUGCGGGAUGAUGCAACGUACGGCAAGUACUUCAAAAUGCUCAAGAUGAACAUCCCAGAAGGCGCGGUGCGACAGAAAAUGAUCGAGCACGGCGUCAACCUGAAGGCGCUCGAGCUUGGACCGGACGGGCUCAAGCCCGUGCGCCGAAAGAAGCUGUUUUGGCAGCCAAUCCCCGACGACCGACUCAAGAGCGGGCACCAGUCGACUAUCUGGGAGGCCAAGGGCGACGACGAAAUCAAACUCGAGAUGGACCUGGACGAGAUCGAGUCCCUCUUCUUCGCCAAGGCCGACAGCAAGACCAAAAAAGCAGCCGCCAAGCCCCUCGCGCGCAAGCAGGCCGUGACGCUGGUCGACGGGAAGCGCGCCAUGAACGCUGCGAUCGCACUCGCGCGCAUCAAACUCACAUAUGCGCAAGUGGCCGCGGCGAUAGGAACUCUCGACGCGUGCGGCUUGACGUUGGAGCAACUCGUGACGAUCAACGAAUACCUCCCGACCGACGAUGAAGUUGGCGUCGUGACGCGCUACGCCGGCGACCCCGACGUCCUCGGCGAGGCCGAAAAGUUCUUUGCCGCCAUCGCCACCGUGCCCCGGUACACGCUCAAGAUGGAGUGCCUCAUCACCAAGAGUUCGUUUCAAACGCGCGUCGCCGAGAUUGAUGCGUCCGUCACCAACGUCACACGCGCGUGCGACGACGUCAAGGGCAGUCGCUUGCUCAAGCUCCUUCUUGGCAUGGUGCUCAAGCUCGGGAAUACGCUCAACGGCGGCGAAGAGACGGAGCACGCGAUCCGCGGCUUCUCGGUUGACUCGCUGCUUCGCCUCGGCAUCACCAAAACCGUCGACAACAAGACGACGGUGCUGCAUUACCUCGUCCGCGUCAUCAAGAAGAACCAACCCGUCGUCCUCGACUUUGCCAAAGAGCUCGAGCACGUGCCGUCGGCGGCGCGUGAGGCGACCGAAGCCAUCGACCAAGCCCUCUCCAGUCUCUCGAGCAGCGUGCAAAAGCUGGCGGACGAACGGGACCGGGUCAAGACGGAAGGCGUCGAGAGCUUGCUAGCGACGUACGAGGCGUCGGUGGCCGCAACCGAAGCCGAUCUAAGUCGACUACGAUCCGGCGUCGAGCACAUGAAGGCGCAGAUUGCGGCCGUGCUCGAAUACUUUGGCGAAGAUCCGGCCAAGAAACCCGCCGACUUUUUUCAAACGCUCUCGUCGUUUUGCCAGGCUUUUGAAAAGGCCAAGGCCGAAGUGCAAACCGCCGACGAUGCCAAGCAGCGCGCCGACCGCCUCCUCCACCGACGCACGUCCAGCAGCAUCGACAUGUCGAUUCCGUCGCGGCUCCUCGAAGAAAAGGCUGCGGGAAUGCGCCAAAAAGCCAUGACGUUUCGAACCAAGAGCACAAGCCUGACAGAUCUAUGA